UCAGAUAGAAUUAAAUUUGAGCUGAAUUGCUUUUUGAUUCUUUAAAACUGUUUGGACGCCGUUAGUUUGCAUUUACGGAUCACUCUGUCUUCUCCUUGUCCACUGACUGAAUCAUUUUUCAAGUAAUUGUUGCCCUUUCUGGAUCAAUUCUCUGCUUUGUGUUCCCAGGAGCAACCAUGGCAUUAAGAAUGCUUACUAGGAGUUUGAGGAGCAAGCCAUCGUGUACAUAUGCUGCUGCUUCUAUGCUACAUUCUCAUGCAACAAGCUUUGGGUUUAAGGAAGUACGGGAAGAAGAAAAAAGCCAAAUGGUUGGCAAUGUCUUCAAUAGCGUUGCUUCAAACUAUGACAUCAUGAAUGAUUUGAUGAGUGCUGGAUUACAUAGAUUAUGGAAGGAUAGACUGGUGUCAAAAUUGAAUCCAUUUCCUGGAAUGAGGCAUCUUGAUGUGGCUGGUGGGACAGGGGAUGUUGCUUUCAGGAUCCUAGAAACUAUAAACAGGGUUAAUCAUACAGCAUUGCAAGAUGUUCCACAGGAAGAAACUCAAAUAUAUGUCUGUGACAUCAACUCAAAUAUGUUACACGUUGGUAAAAAAAGGGCCCAAGAGAGAGGUCUUGGAGGUCAACAAUCCCUCAUAUGGGUGGAAGGAGAUGCAGAAGCUCUAAGUUUUGAAAAUGAUUCUAUGGAUGGUUAUACUAUCGCCUUCGGGAUUAGGAAUGUUACACACAUAGAAAAAGUUCUUGCUGAAGCUUAUAGGGUACUCAAACAUGGAGGAAGAUUCCUUUGCCUUGAACUGAGCCAUGUAGAAGUUCCAGGUUUCAAGCAGUUGUAUGAUUACUACUCAUUCUCCGUCAUUCCAGUACUUGGAGAGCUGGUUGCAGGUGACCGGGAUUCUUAUCAGUACUUAGUUGAGAGCAUUCGUCGCUUUCCUUCUCAGGAGAUGUUUGCUUCAAUGAUUGCUGAUGCUGGAUUUCAGAAUGUUGAAUAUGAAAAUCUUGUUGGGGGAGUGGUGGCCAUCCAUUCUGGGUUGAAAUUUUAGAGAAUCUAAAAUGCUUUUUAGGUAAGUGGAAAAUUUUUCGAGAUUAUUAUUAUUUUGUUUCAAAGAAGGAAGAGGUUAUUUUGUAGUUUGUAGUAGGAUCCGGUUGUUCUUGAUUCAUUUUCUUUUAUUUUUCUUUUCUUGCUCUACAUCUAUCUUUUAAGAAAUAAUAGGAAGUUGAUAUUA